AAAAACCACAUUUCCCUCGGUGGAACCAGAUAAAGCUUCCGAUCAAGGAUCUGGGAAAGCAGAAGUCAGACGAGAAGAUUAACGUUAACAGUUGUUUUAAUGUUGAAAACACAUCGUUUUGAAGACUGCUGAGCAUCGCAGUGAACCUCUGACCAGCUGUCCUCCCUGACCCUGUCCACAACCAUGGCGAUCCUGUUUGCAGUGGUUGCCCGCGGCAGCACCAUCCUGGCGAAGCAUGCGUGGUGUGGCGGUAAUUUCCUGGAGGUGACAGAACAGAUCCUAGCUAAGAUACCAUCCGAGAACAACAAGCUCACCUACAGCCAUGGCAGCUAUCUCUUCCACUACAUCUGCCAUGACAGAAUCAUAUAUCUCUGUAUCACUGACGACGACUUUGAGCGGUCACGUGCGUUCAGCUUCCUGGGAGAGGUGAAGAAGCGUUUCCAGACGACCUAUGGUUCCAGAGCUCAGACAGCCCUUCCCUACGCAAUGAACUCAGAGUUCUCCUCCACUCUGAUGGCUCAGAUGAAGCACCAUUCCUCUCCUCCAUCAGAUCGCCUGGCUGAGACUCAGAUGCAGGUUGACGACCUGAAAGGCAUCAUGGUACGCAACAUCGACUUGGUGGCUCAGAGGGGAGAGAAGUUGGAGUUGCUGAUUGAUAAAACGGAGAACCUGGUCGGCUCAUCUGUGAGUUUCAAGACCACCAGCCGUAACCUGGCCAGAGCCAUGUGUAUGAAGAACCUCAAACUGACUGUCGUCGUAGUGGUGGUGUCACUGGUGGUCCUGUAUGUAGUUGUGUCUGCAGCCUGCGGAGGACUCAGCUGGCCCAACUGCAUCAGGAAAUAAGAGAGGGGGAGGACGAGGGGAGAGAGAGGGGAGGAAAAUAGGGAGCA